UGUUGUUACUUGUCAUGUAUUUUUUUUCCUAUAUAUAAAUAAUAACUAGAGUUUAGAGUGUAAAACUUAUCUAUAUAAUCAUUCGAAAGUUUAGAUUUUCAUAAAUUUAUUACUGAAUUUUAUGAUUUAAAAAUAAAAAUAAUUGUUAACGUCUGUCGAGAAGGAGAAUAAAAUACCGAAUGCAGUUUUACUCGGUUCUCUCUUUUUGACAGUUUUAUAUCAUCUGCGUCUUUAAGGUCACAAUAAUAGGUAAAUAUUUGUAUUUUUCAUAUAUAAUUAAAUUUACAUUAAAUUCUUGAUUCUUUAUAAAAGGAUUACAUUGUAUUUAUCAGCAUAUUUCAUGAAAAGAUAUUAAGAUUAAUAAAGUGAUGAUCACACUAUAAAUGCUAUAAAUCAAGAAAAAUGGAUUCUGAUAAUUUGGUGGACGAAUCAAAAGAUGACGAACAAGUCGCUGGUGUAAUGUCCGAGAAAUCAAAUUCUAAAAAUGAGGAAGAUAAUUUGGAGUCAGAAGCCGCGAGUUUUUCCUCAUCGGAGCAAAGUACAACGAAAAGAAAUAAAUCAAAAGGAAAAAUAAGCGGAGACAGUGGAAUUUCCAUGGAGAAAACGGAUGAAAGUUCAGAUGAAGAUUCAAGUAAGCGACAAAAAUUGUCUGAAUCACAAUUCGAUUCGGAAGUAGGCGAAUGUUCAGCAUCGAAAUGUGAUAUUUCAUUUCCAAAAUUGAAAUCAAGUGUUCGAAAGCGAUAUUAUCGGAAUAAAAAUAGUUCCGAAGCUGAUGAAGAAUUAGGCGAAGCUUCAGGAAUGCGAAAAUCAAGUGCUGCCAGCGAAGAAAAAUCGAAAAGUGAUGAUGAUGAUGAAGAUGAGGAUGUUGAUGAUGAUUCGACGCAGGAUUCUGAUGACGCAGUGGAGCAAGAUGACGACGACGACGACGAUGACAGAGAAAGAAGCCAUCCUUCACCGGAACGAGGAAGUAGUCCUUUAUUAGAUAUCAGAGAAGAUGACUCGAACGAAUGGACAACAGCCAGUGAAGAGGAGUUGGACGUCGCUACAUCUAUUAUGCAAAAAGCAACACCAAAAUCCAAAUGCUUUGUACUAAAGGAACUAUUUAAUCGGCAAAUUGGCAGAAAUCCAGAUUUCGCCGACAGAUUUUAUGGUUCACUUCGUUCCGUUCAACGAUUAAGACUGAAAUGUAAAUUAAAUGAACAUCAGGGUUGCGUCAAUAGUUUAAAUUUCAAUCAAAAGGGAAAUCUUUUAGCAAGUGCCUCCGAUGAUUUAAAAGUCAAUAUUUGGGAUUGGGCCACUGAGAAAAAGCAAUUUACCUUUUACACCGGCCACAGGAGUAAUGUUUUUCAGGCAAAAUGGAUGCCAUUAGAUUGGGAAAGUUUAAUGGUAACAGCCGCUCAUGACGGUCAUGUUCGUUUACUUGAACUUCCCGUUGGAAAAUCGCGUAGAAUUGGAUCGCAUCAGGGACCAGUUCACAAAAUUGCAAUGCAUAAGGAAAUGCCACACGUUGUUCUCUCGUGUGGUGAAGAUGGAAAAAUACUUUCGAUUGAUAUUCGUGAAUCAAGACCACGAAGAUUAAUGGUGGUUAAAGAAGAGUCUGAGGAAGUUCAGUUGUACAGCAUUAAUUGUCAUCCAUUAAACAGUUAUGAAUUUUGCGUCGGAGGCCGAAUUCAAACAGUUCAAGUCUUUGAUAGGAGAAAAGUUUCUUCGCCUUUAUACAAAUACUGUCCAAGUCAUUUGACGCAAAAUAAACUUGAAUACGUGACAUGCGCUUUGUACAAUUACAAUGGAACGGAAAUUCUUGCGUCUUAUAAUGACGAGGAUAUUUAUCUUUUCGACACAUUAUAUCCACAUCCGUCUGGAGAUUAUGCACACAAAUAUCAGGGUCACAGGAAUAAUGCCACUGUGAAAGGAGUGAAUUUUUUCGGACCCAAAAGUGAAUACAUUGUUUCUGGUUCGGAUUGUGGGAAUAUUUUUAUUUGGGACAAAGAUACGGAAUCGAUUGUUCAAUGGAUGUUGGGAGACAAUCAAGGAGUGGUAAAUUGCAUGGAGUCACAUCCGUCCGUUCCAGUUUUGGCAACAAGUGGAUUAGAUUACGAUGUUAAGGUGUGGGAGGCUUCUGGUGAUGUAACAUUCACCAUGAAAGGUUUACAAAGUUGUGUGAAAUUAAAUCUGAAAAAUCGAGCGGAUGAAUUACGAGAUGAACCGGAUGCCUAUGAUGGACAAAUGUUGUGGAUUCUAUUAAGACGUAUUCGUCAGUCGGAGAGAUUCAUGAAUUUAAGCAGAGCUUUCAGAAGAAGUAGAUAUACUUUACCUUAUCGGGGAGGAGACGAGGAUCUCCGCGAGUCUUCGAGUGAGCACACCUCAUCAAAUAAUAGCGGCUCUUCAUCAGACGAUGAAGAAUCAGCAACAAGACCACAAUGUUCUCCUUCUUAAAAAUUAUCGGUAAGAAUAUUAUUCGAAAGAGAAUAUUUCUUUUUCUCCUCAAGAGGAGGAUUAAAAAAAAAAGUAAUUGAAGAUGGCAUUUUUCAUCAAGAAAUUAUCGGAAUUCUUGUGUGAAAAAAAAAUGUCACGACUACGUUCCGUAGUCUUGUGUAAAAACUAUUUUUAUUUUCCUCAACAACUUGAUUAUUUUUUUCUCUAAACUUAUUUUUUUCCACCGUAAACGAUUGUCUGUCAAGAUUAUUACCGAAUUUUUAACAAAACACUACUCUUGCGGUUACAUAUUCUCUAGAAAAAAAAAUAAUUUAUUCUACUUUCACUUAUUAGAAUUAAGUUAAAAUAGAUUUGAUAAAAAAUACUUUUUUUUGAAAGAAUAAUUAAAAUUAAUUAUUGAAUAAUUGAAAAAAAUAAUUUUUGAUAAUUGAACUAUUUUUCAGUCCUUUUUUUUAUUUUUGGAGAAUGUAAAAAUGUAUUUAACAGAAAAUGUAAUUGCAUGAGUGAAAUUGAUUUUUUAUUGUUUAUUCUUUUUUUAAAGUUAAUUUUUUCAUAUGUGUAAAACAGUGGUGUUAUUCUUAACUUUUUGUCGAAAUGUUUAUAUUUCAUUAUUAAAAAAUGUUGUCAUUAAAAAUAUAAUUAACAAAAAAAUUGAUCGAUUUUCCGUGCUGGGCAUGUUAUAUAUUAUGCUAAGCAAAAGACUGAAUCACAGUUAUAUUAAUAUCAAUAAUUACAUAAUAGAAUUAUUCUCAAAGCUCGUAUUAAAUGUAAAUCUGAGGGUUUUGAUCAAAUAUGUUAAUAAAAAGAUUGUUUUCAUUUCAUUAAA